UUGCUGCUGGUGGGUGAAAAAAAUGCCGCAGCUGAACGGCGGUGGAGGAGAUGACCUAGGCGCCAACGACGAACUGAUUUCCUUCAAAGACGAGGGCGAGCAGGAGGAGAAGAGCUCCGAAAACUCCUCGGCAGAGAGGGAUUUAGCUGAUGUCAAAUCGUCUCUAGUCAAUGAAUCAGAAACAAAUCAAAACAGCUCCUCCGAUUCCGAGGCGGAAAGACGGCCUCCGCCUCGCUCCGAAAGUUUCCGAGAUAAAUCCCGGGAAAGUUUGGAAGAAGCGGCCAAGAGGCAAGAUGGAGGGCUCUUUAAGGGGCCACCGUAUCCCGGCUACCCCUUCAUCAUGAUCCCCGACCUGACGAGCCCCUACCUCCCCAACGGAUCGCUCUCGCCCACCGCCCGAACCCUCCAUUUUCAGUCCGGGAGCACACAUUACUCUGCGUACAAAACGAUUGAACACCAGAUUGCAAUUCAGUAUCUCCAGAUGAAAUGGCCACUGCUUGAUGUCCAGGCGGGGACCCUCCAGAGCAGACAAGCCCUCAAGGAUGCCCGCUCUCCGUCGCCGGCACACAUUGUCCAGUGCCCCCUCCCUUGCUGCACUCAGGGACAUGACUGUCAGCACUUCUACCCCCCCUCAGACUUCACUGUCAGCACUCAAGUCUUCAGGGACAUGAAAAGGAGCCACUCCUUACACAAGGUUGGGGAGCCCUGGUGUUUGGAGUCGAACAAAGUGCCGGUCGUGCAGCACCCUCACCAUGUUCACCCCCUCACGCCGCUCAUCACGUACAGCAAUGAGCACUUCACCCCGGGAAACCCACCUCCACACUUACCCGCUGACGUUGACCCCAAAACAGGAAUCCCACGGCCUCCGCACCCUCCAGAUAUAUCUCCAUAUUACCCGCUAUCGCCUGGCACCGUAGGACAAAUCCCCCAUCCGCUAGGAUGGUUAGUACCACAGCAAGGUCAGCCAGUGUACCCAAUCACGACAGGAGGAUUCCGUCACCCCUACCCUACAGCUCUGACUGUCAAUGCUUCCAUGUCCAGCUUCCUGUCUUCCAGGUUCCCUCCCCAUAUGGUCCCACCACAUCACACUCUACAUACGACCGGCAUCCCCCACCCGGCCAUAGUCACGCCAACAGUCAAACAGGAAUCCUCCCAGAGUGACGUCGGCUCACUCCAUAGCUCAAAGCAUCAGGACUCCAAAAAGGAAGAAGAAAAGAAGAAGCCCCACAUAAAGAAACCUCUUAAUGCGUUCAUGUUGUAUAUGAAGGAAAUGAGGGCAAAGGUCGUGGCGGAGUGCACGUUGAAAGAAAGUGCGGCCAUCAACCAGAUCCUGGGGCGAAGGUGGCACGCACUGUCCAGAGAAGAGCAAGCAAAGUACUACGAGCUGGCCCGGAAGGAGCGACAGCUUCACAUGCAGCUGUACCCCGGCUGGUCUGCGCGGGACAACUAUGGGAAGAAGAAGAAGAGGAAAAGGGACAAGCAGCCUGGAGAGACCAAUGAACACAGCGAAUGUUUCCUAAAUCCUUGCCUUUCACUUCCUCCGAUUACAGAUGCAAAUACUCCAAAGAAGUGUCGGGCACUGUUCGGGCUUGACCGACAGACUUUAUGGUGCAAACCGUGCAGGAGAAAAAAAAAGUGCGUUCGCUACAUACAAGGUGAAGGCAGCUGCCUCAGUCCACCCUCUUCAGAUGGAAGCUUACUAGACUCGCCUCCGCCCUCCCCCAACCUGCUAGGCUCCCCUCCCCAAGACGCCAAGUCACAGACUGAGCAGACCCAGCCUCUCUCGCUGUCCCUGAAGCCCGACCCCCUGGCUCACCUGUCCAUGAUGCCUCCGCCGCCUGCCCUCCUGCUUGCCGAGGCCGCCCACGGCAAGGCCCCCGCCCUCUGUCCCAACGGGGCCCUGGACCUGCCUCCUGCUGCCCUGCAGCCGCCCGUCCUGUCCUCUCUUGCACAGCCGUCAACAUCUUCCUUACAUUCCCACAACUCUCUGGCCGGGACCCAGCCCCAGCCGCUGUCCCUCGUGACCAAGUCGUUAGAAUAGCUUUAGCUUCGUUAGCCCUGCCCUGGUCGGUUUGCGUAGUGUUGCGGUUUUCGCUUUUCUUUGUCCCCCACCCCGGCCUCCUGC